AUGCCUGAGGUAAUAGAAGACCCCUUUGAUCAAGUAGCUAACGAUACACAAGAGCAAUUGGAUAGAUUGAAACAUUACUUGACAAGUCAUGGGAGAGACGAUGAAGUUUUAGACAUUUUAAAGGAUGUUAAGGAUACUAUGGUAGAUCUAGAGAGAAGUAUUGUUGUAAUGAAAAGAUCAGGGCAGGAUGUGAGCUCGAGGGAGGAGAAAUUAGCCCACAUACGAAGGGAUCUGGAGUCGAUAGACAGUAUAAAGAAACCCAGUGCAACAACAACUCAGAGUGGACAGACAGUACCACUAUUGGAAGAAGAACUAGGCGCAAAAGCAUUUGAAGAUAAUAACGGUGGUCAGGACCCAUCAGGUGGAAUGGCCAACCCGUUCCAAGAGCAAUUAUUAAGGGAACAAGAUAGUCAUCUUGAUGAUAUCCACAAGACAAUGCAAAAUCUACAUUUACAUGCACAAACAAUGGGUCAAGAACUAGAAGAUCAAGGUCAAAUAUUGGAUGAACUGGAUGAAAAUUUUGAUUCAAUUACAAAUAAAGUACAGAGAGGCAGAAGGCAAUUGGAAUGGAUUUAUGAGAAAAAUAAGGAAAAGUAUAAUGAUUGCUGCAUAGGAUUGUUGAUAAUCGCUCUAAUAGUGCUUUUGGUACUUGCGUUUAUCGCAUAA